AUGCACGCUUCGGGGAGAUACAUCUUGAGCAGGCGACGCCGGCACCGCUCCGGAUGCCUCGUCUCCGUGGUUCAUCACGUCCCUUCUCACUCUGCUCGCAGCUCGAAUUCUUGCGUUUCCACGCCAUCGCUACCACAGUCUUGCACUCACGUUCUGCUUCAGUCCCCGUCUAGGCUUUCCUCUCUUUUCCUCCUGCCUUCUCACCUGCAUUCGCCUUCAUCCUCUAGGUUCGCCACUCCCGUGGGCGAGCGCCUGUUUAUCUCGUUGCGCCGCCGGUCUUCCGCCACUAUUUCCUGGCCGUAUCCAAACUCUUCCCUCUCCUUUUGCUCUCUCUCUUCCGCGAGACAUGGUGUUUUUUCAUUCCUUUCUUCUUUGACACCCAAGGCGAAGCGCGCCUCAGGCUUGGGCAGCGGCGAGGGAGAGGGCCCCGGCAUCCUGGCGCUCCCCGGUGUACAUACACCUGAGGAACUUGUUCGCCUUGGCCAGCGGGCGGUUGCCGACUGCGAGGCACUUCUCGCCACAGGGGCGACUCCGACUUCCGCUGAAGCGGAGGCGACCACAGAGCAGAAUUCUGCAUCCUCACUCGAAUCCGCUUCUUUGUCUGUCUCGAAAGAAGCGCCUCCUUCUGACUCCGCAGACGGCGCUUUGGCAGGCUCGUGGGAAGACGCUCGCCGCGCAGUCCAGGCACUCGACGCCGUCAGCAACACCCUCUGCAAGGUAGCAGACGGGGCCGAGCUCCUCCGACAAGUGCAUCCGGACGCCAAGUGGAAGCAGGCUGGCGCGCAGGUCGUGGGCGACGUGCAAGAGUUCAUGAGCCGCGUUAAUGUGAACAACAAGGUAUACGAGCGGCUCCAGCGCCUCGCGGAGGAGCUGGGCCCGGAUCUCGCGCAACCCGCCGCCAGCGAGGCGCGCCCGCAGGCCGGUGGUGAGGGUGCGAUGCCGUCGACGGCGGCUUGCGCAGUGGAGACCGUGGCGGGCGCGCGGCUGACGCAGGAAGAGGCCGUCGUCUUCCGCAGCAUGCGCGAGGCGAUGGAGCAGCAGGGCGUCUUUCUCGAGCGUGACGCGAAGGAUCGUUACCUUAGCCUCAUGGCUGAGGAAGCGGCCCUGGCAGCAGAGAUCGCGCAGCACCAGGAGGAGCCUCAGCACCGAGAAGGCCUCUGGCUGCCUGUGCGGGCGCUGCUCGCGUCGGGCCUCCGCGCAGAGCUGCUUGAGCACUCCCAGCACAGCGAGCGGGACCGCGACUCUCUUUUUUCUCCUUUCCGGCAGCGCGGCGGGUUCAGGCGAGGAGGGCGCGACGGCGAGUUGCACGUGACCGUCGUCGCUGAGAGCGAACUGGCGCACGCCGUCCUCAGAGAGUCGCGUGACCCCGCUCUGCGCCGGGAUGUCUACACGCUACAAAAGAAACGCAAUCGCAACGACCAAAUGAUUGAAGCACAUCUUUUUCGCUUGCUAGGCCUUCGGCAGGAGCUCGCAAAGCUGCGAGGUUACGAAUCCUGGGCAGCCUACGCGCAGAGGGACGGCAUUCUGCGGACCCCGAAGAACGUCGACGCCUUUCUCUCCCGGCUGCUUCACGCACUCCAGCCGGGCGUAGAGACUGAACUGCGGACGCUGUCCUCCUUCGGGGCUGCGACGGGGCUGCUUCAGCACACUCCAGCAAGCGGAAACCGCGCAGGUCUUGAGGCCUGGGAUAUUCCCUUCUUGAUGCAUGCGUACAACGCCCAGGCCACCGACAGGAGCCCCGGCGCGCGAGUGUCGUUGCCCGUCGCGGAGCUCUUGGCGGGCAUGCAGGCGUUGGUCGCGCGUCUCCUCGGCCUGAGCUUUGUCCGCACGCCGCCCGCGAAAGGAGAGACUUGGCACUGGAGCGUGCUACGCUUCGAGCUCCACGAAGAUCCCGCGGCGCGCGCCGCCCGGAUCUUCUCCCUCUCGUCUCCGGAGUCCUCGGCGUCGCCAGGCGCCCCUGCGACUUCUGGCCGUACGCCUGCUGCGCCGUCUGCGGACUUUGCGCGCUCGCCGGCGUCUCUGCGCGGCGUGCUUUACCUAGAUCUCUUUGCGCGCCCCAAUAAGACGCGACUGCUGGCGCAGUUCACCGUCCGCGGCUCGAAGCGACUCUCCUACGCGCAUGCGCAGGGCUGGAGACUCGGCGGCCCGCUGUGGACGUCUUCAGUGCAGGAGCUGCCCCCGCCGCCCCCAGCAGAGGCCGACGCGCAUGUGGCGCGCUGGGCGGGCCCCGAACUGCGGCAGCUGCCGUGCACAGCGCUCGUCUGCAGCUUCGCCCCGCCGGCCGGCCUCGACAUGAGUCAGCGCGAAGGGCCCGACGUGGACCGACUUCUGCAGGACACACACCUCACUGCGUCGCUGAGCAGAAGUCUGCUUCAUGAAUUCGGCCACGUGCUGCACUCGCUCCUUUCGGAGACGGAGCUUCAGCAUCUUUCUGGGACUCGCGGCGUAGUAGACUUCGCCGAGUUUCCGUCGAAUCUCUUUGAGCAUUUCGUUGCGCCGCUGGUCCUCGACAAGCUGCGCGCGCCAGACGCCUGCCGGCCGCGCGAGGCGGUCUGCAACUUUGCGCACCUGAGCGCGCUGCAGCUCGUCAUGCAUGCGCUGAUGGACCAAGCCUUCUACAGCUACCAUCCCGAGGCCUCAGCGCCGCCCGCCAACGCCUCCCGCUCGCCUCCGGCGCACCACGCAUCCGCCGGAGACGCUCAGCUUGCUGCCCUGCACGCCUGGGUUGAUCAGAGUUACGGCCGGCACGCCUGGCUGGCGGGCGCGCCUCUCGAGGGCGUCACUGCGAGACCGAUCGCCGACAUCCUCGGGAAGCCGCACGUGGCUCGCUUUGAGCACAUCAUUCACUACGGAGGCAGCUACUUUUGUUACCUCCUCUGCCGAGUCAUGUCGAGCUUCGCGUGGCAACAAGCGCUGGCGAAAGAUCCGUUCAACCGGGAGGCAGGCAAGCGCCUGCAUGAGGUGCUGAGUCGAGGGUCGGUCGACUGCUCGCUCCAGCCGAUUUUGGAUCUCGCAGGGCCGGGCGCCCUUUCCGCAGCGCAGAGGCAACACCUCCUGCAGAAUCCGCACCUGCUUCCAGUCGAGCCGUUCCUCCAAGAGCUGCAGGCUGAAGAGGCCCUCGCGUCGGGGCUUCCCUUUCCUUGA